GCUCAUAAAAAGGUAUAGAAACUGAAGUAAGUUAUAGACGCAGACACAGAGAGAGAGAGAGAGAGAGAGAGAGUAACCAAAUCCUCCAUACACAAAACUGUGAGAGAGAGAAAGAGACGGAAGCGCUUCAGAGUUCAGAGUUUAUCUCCACUCACUCAGUACUUUUGAAUCCAAAAACCAGGCAAAUGGGGGAGGAGGAAAAGAAGCCCGCGGCAGAAGAGAAGGAUAUGGAGGAGAAAAAGCCAGAGGAACCAAAGAAACCAGAAGGAGACAAGGCUGAAAAGAAAGAAGAAGAUAAGCCAGCAGAUAAACCACCAGCAGAAGAAAAGAAAGAAGAGAAAAAAGCAGAGGUUUCAAAGGAAUCACCUCCACCUCCACAAGAAAUUGUCCUAAAGGUUUACAUGCAUUGCGAGGGUUGUGCCCGCAAGGUCCGCAGAUGCCUAAAGGGCUUUGAAGGAGUUGAAGAUGUAAUCGCUGAUUGCAAGACUAGUAAGGUGGUUGUAAAGGGAGAGAAGGCGGAUCCAUUGAAGGUUCUAGAGAGAGUUCAGAAGAAGAGCCAUAGACAGGUGCAGCUUAUCUCUCCGAUCCCAAAACCGCCGUCUGAGGAAGAGAAAAAGGCGGCUGAAGAAAAGGAGAAGCCAAAGCCUGAAGAGAAGAAAGAAGAGCCGCCGGUGAUCGUAGUGGUCCUAAAGGUUUACAUGCAUUGUGAAGCCUGUGCAAUGGAAAUCAAGAAACGGAUACAAAGAAUGAAAGGUGUGGAAUCAGCUGAGCCAGAUCUAAAGAGCUCACAGGUAACAGUGAAGGGAGUGUUUGAUCCUCCAAAACUCGUCGAAUACGUGUACAAGAGAACAGGCAAGCACGCGGUUAUAGUGAAACAGGAAGCAGAGAAAAAAGCAGAAGAAGAGAAAGGCAAAGAAUCCAAAGAAGAGAAAAAAGACGAACAAGGUAGUGGGGGUGGUGGUGACAAAGAAAAUAAGGGUGGUGAACAGGAAGAAAACAAAGAAAAGAAAGAAAGUGAAGGCGAGGCCAAACCAGAGGCGGCACCCACAGAAGAGACCAAAGUGGUGGAACUGAAAAAGAAUGAAUAUUACUAUUACCCACAAAGGUACGCCAUGGAAAUGUAUGCCUACCCUCCUCAGAUCUUCAGCGACGAGAACCCCAAUGCAUGUUCUGUAAUGUAAAAAGUUUAUGGAUUCGGGGGCAAUAUGGGAUUUUAGGAAAAUGGGUGAUAAUCAUAUGAACUGUAGAAUUUUGUGAUGUAUUUUUUUUUUCCCGAUCAACUUGUCGUAUAAAAAUAACAAUAUAUAAAAAAAUAUUUUAAA